UUGCAGUUCAAGUUUAAAAAUUUAGUAUCAACCAACAUUCAUACAAAACCAAAAAUAAAUUUUCAGCGCCGACAAAGUCUUCGCACCGAAAAUGUGUAUCGAAAAUAUUUCGGGUGGCUUGUCUUACCAUUCGCACUCAUUGGAGCUAUACUUGUCACGCUAUUCAUUAUAACAGCAUAUCAGGCGAUAAAAGCUCGCCGCGUUAGUCGAAAAUGCUAUAUACUACUACUCAAUCGAGCGAUUGGAGACCUUCUCAGUUGUCUAGUAGCUUUGAUCGUUUGCGCAUACGUAUUACUAUGGAAAGAGAUAAACCGCGAUGUGGUCCCCCUUAUGGAAACAUUUUUUACAGGAUCUUUCUGGUCUGCCAUGGUUUCCUAUGUAGCCCUUUCUGUGAUAAAGCUAUUCGCCGUAUGGAGGCCUUUUCAUUAUCGCAAAUGGUUUACAAUGAAACGAUGCAUCAACGUCAUAAUUUUGAGGUAA